AAGUGCUAAAUUUAGGAAAAAAUAAUUUUCACGACCAUCUCGACUUAUUCGUGAACCUCUACUUGAACAGCAAGAAUAUCAUUAGCUAAUAUUUCUAAAAUUUCACGGAUUAUGUUCGAAGCGGUUUGUGCAUAUUGGUGAAGUUGUGAAUUUGGAGUGAACGUGAGAUCUCUCAUUUUCAUCUUGGAAUUCUGACUUCAGAAGCAAUGUUAGACUUAGACUUCUGUUGAUUGUGCAAUAAACCACAGACUGUGAUACUGAAAUGCCUCUCUAUGGAUACCUGAUUCAAGUAAAUAGGAGUGGAAAUGAUGGAGCCCGUUAUACACUUACAAAAACAAUAUGCACCAUCGGUAGAGGAUCAGAUUGUGACGUAACAAUUGUCGCAGCGAGUCUCUCUCCUGAACAUUGCCGCAUCGUUGUCAACACACAGGGGGAAGUGUUUUUUACCAGUUCCUCUCCAUGGGCCCCUGCACUUUUGAAUAAUGAACCUGUGCAAAACAUUGACCAGUUAUUUCAUUAUGAUGUCUUCACUGUUGUUGGUCAUUCAUUUAGGUUUGAAACACCAAGUGGUCAACCACUACGGAAUACUGGAUCUCAACCUCCACCUUUGUGUAUAGGAAUGAACAGAUUUGUACAUGUUCCUCCCAGAUUAGACUUUACAAAAUGUAUUACAGAUUUCCAAGAGCCAGCACCCAGAAGUGGCCACAGAAUAGUUGUGACAGAAGAUAAUAUUUGGAGCAUAGGGGGCUACAACUCAGAUCUAUGGGACAUUGAGAAUGAUGACUUCACUAAUUACCCAUUAUUCAGAGAACUUUGGAAGUUUAACUUUGCAACUAGAAAGUGGAAAAAGAUGACUACAUUAGGACAUAUGCCUAAGGAACUGGCAUCUCAUUCAGCAAUACUUCUUGGUCAGCAGCUGGUAGUGUAUGGAGGAACUGGUAUUCCAUUUGGAGUGGCCAGUAGCAAUGAAGUUUAUGUAUGCAACCUGAAAACAUUACGAUGGAGCAAGCUUAGCACAAGUGGAGAUGUACCCCUCAAGACCUAUGGCAAUAGUGUGAUGCUUUUUGAUGAGAAGCUGUGUGUAUUUGGUGGGACAACAGGAUGGCAAUAUAAUGCUGAGGUACACACCUUAGACCUUAAUACCUUGGAGUGGGAAGACUUAAAUAACAUGGGAAAUAAUACAAAAGAGCCACCUGGAAGGUAUAGACAAGAAGUGGCUCUGCAUAAAAAUAAGCUGUAUAUAUUUGGUGGAGGACGUGCUGACGAAAGCUAUGGCUUUGAGAAUUUACCAGCUUAUGAUUUGCUCAAACUCAGAUGGCAGGAAGUCAAGACAACAGGGGAUGGCAAACAUGGUUUUCCCCAACCUAGAAAGUGUCACUCCUGCAUUCAACAAGAUAAUGAGCUUUACAUGUGUGGAGGCUACAAUGGCAUAGAAAUAUUUGGAGAUUUUUGGAAGUUUAAUCUGGAUGAAAUGAAAUGGACGAAGCUUGAAGCAACUAUGCCAAAACCAGUCUACUUUCACAGCACUAGUCUUACAAAGUCGGGCUGUAUGUACAUAUAUGGAGGGGUUACUCACAUUGAUGAUAUCAGGACUUCUCACAUCUACAGGGUGUGGCUCAAAAUACCUAAACUUAGUGAACUAUCAUGGCAGAACAUCACACACACUGUAGCUGAUAUAGAAAAUCAAGAUAAGUCCCAUCUUCUACAACUAGGAAUUCCAAUACAAUAUUUGGAUAGAAUCAACUGAAGAUGCACUCAAGAAACACCCUGCCAAGCUCAUUGUAAUUAAGCCCAAAAAUCCAUCAUUUUCAUUCAUUGAUGCAAGAUGCAUAUACAAAGUACAUGUAUGCAGUAAAACCAAGUUUUGCAUUUUAGUUACAAUUCACUAUGAUGUCAUUGUGAUAUAGCAGCAACCAUGUGAAGAUUCACCUUUAACAUUUGGGAAUGCUGAAAAAUUCGGGAAAAUAGUACUUCAAUUUCAAUGUGUAGAAAUGUAAUUUAAGAAAGUUAGAAAAAACAGUGCGUAACUUCUGAGAGACAACCCUUGUAGUUAAGCCAUUUAUUCCAGCAAACUGAUCUCUUGCUUGAAGAUCUCUCCAGAGAACACAAAGUACUGAAGUAGAUUCAUGUCCAACAAAACAUUCAAAUGAGUUGAAGCA